AUGAAACAAGUCGAGAAGCAAGUAGUGAAACCCAUCUACGAGGUGGUUGAGAAGUUAGUGGAGGUUCCCAUUUCAACCAUUGAAGAACAGAUUGUUGAGGUUCCUAAAGUGGAGUACAUGGAGUGUAUCCGCGAGGUGCCACGACCCGAAUUGCAGAAAGCACAGAAGCAGGUGGAAAAGCCGGUUAUGCAAUGCGUUGAAAAGGUUGUGGAGGUGCCUCAAUAUACCAUUCAGGAGUCUAUUGUGGAGGUUCCUGUCACUGAGACUCACGAGAUUGUGAAGCAGGUCCCAAGUAUUGAAGUGCAGACAGUGGACAAAGAGGUCAAGAAGAAGGAGAUACACUAUGUGGAGAAAAUUGUAGAGGUGCCUCAGGUGAUCUAUGAGGAGCGGAUCAUAGAAGUUCCAAAGAUUGAGUACCGAGAAGUCAUCAAGCAGGUCCCAAAGCCAGAAGUUCAGUAUAUAGACAAAAAGGUACCAAAGCACAUCAUCGAGUAUGUGGAGAAGAUCGUGGAGGUGCCCCAAGUGGUGUACGAAGAGCGCGUCGUGGAAGUGCCUCAAAUGCACCAUGUAGAGGCUAUCACUGAGGUUCCAAAGCCUCAGAUGCAAAGAGUUGAGAAGAAGAUUCCGAAGAUACAGCUUCGGGCACAAGAACGAGUGGUCGAAGUGCCUGUGACCUUGAAGGUAGAGCAACCAGUGGAGGUUCCUCAAGUGCUGGUGGCCGAGCAGGUGAAGCAGGUGCCCAGUACCGAAGUACAGUAUGUGGACCGGGAGGUGCCCAACAUUACAUAUCAGGCUCUGGAACAGAUUGUGGAAGUGCCACAAGUUAUCAAGGAAGAGCGCCUGGUGGAAGUACCACAAGUGCAAGUAGCAGAGUUUAUCAAACAGGUGCCAAAGCAACAGGUCCAAGAAAUUCCAAAGCACAUCCCCAAAGUAGAGAUGCGCUGCGUUGAAAAGAUUCAAAAUGUACCUGUGAAGCUUAUGCAGGAAGUUGCGGUGGAAGUUCCACAGGUGCUGCGCCAUGAAGUCAUUUCUCAGGUCUCACAGCAGACGGAACAGCGUGUUGUCCAAGCUGCUGAAGAGUAUGAACGAUUUGUGAACCGCGAUGAAGUCGUGGUCGGGGAGCAGGAGAGUCAGUUUGGAGGUGCCUACGAAGCCAAAGUUGUUGGAGUUGGGCCGAUCUCCCCUUCCACUGCCUCUGCUGAGAUGUAUGAGCGCGGCCAAGUAUCUCAUGUGAAAAGUACUGAGGUGCGACAAGGCACGGCGUCAGCGCAAGCAUCAGGACUAGCAUCAGGCUGUGCUGGGUAUGGCUCAGCACAGCGUGCUGGUGACCUGUUCACUGCGCUUGAUACAAACGGUGAUGGUGUGCUAAGUAGAGAAGAGAUGGCUGCUCUGCGAACAGGCCCUAGCACUCAAGGAAUGCGAGCACCUGUUACUAUGGCCGCACCAAUGGCCUAUGCUGGGGCUGUUGGUGCCCCUGCAGCGAUGGGACAGGUGACUUACACAGCUCCUCCAGUCUAUGCGCAUCCCAUGGCAAUGGGCCCUGUGACUCGUGCUCCGGGCCCUCCUGUGACGUACGGAGCGGCUUGUGGAUCUGGAGCCUGUGUGACCUAUGGGCAGGGCUGUCAAGGCUGUCAGGGCUCCUCAGCCUCCAUGCGGGGAGGUGACUUGUUCUCUGCACUUGACACCAACGGAGAUGGAGUUCUCAGCAGAGAAGAGAUGGCUGCGCUGCAACCUGCCCCGCGACCGGCUCAAGGAGUCAGUUUCGGUGGCGCUGUGACGUAUGUAUGCUUUUUCACCUCCUACCGCUACUUGGAGCAAGUUCUGGAGAAGUGGUAUGAGACUGGUGUUAUCUCCAGGGUGCUGCAGCACAAGCUCCUCUUCAUCGAGACUGCGGCUUCUUGGCUGCGCAUUGCAAAAGCUGAAGGCUACGUGACCCCAGUUGAGGAUGUGGUGGCCACGACCUAUGCACUGAACCUGUAUCGUCAGGUCAGAGCCUAG